AGUCAGAAAACACAAUCCGCUAAUGCAGAAGCAAAGCUAAUCACACAAAUCAGGUUGGCUGGGUUUGUAUAAACAAAAACGAUUUAAAAAUCCCUAAAUCCGAUUUAAUAUUUGAUAAUUUUGAUUCAUUCAUGUUUUGUCCGACCACAAUGUGUUGUGUCCAUCAUUGCCACUGUUUUCUGUGGUUUUCAAUUUAUGCUCAAAUUUGGUGAAUGUCAGCUGAAAGCAGACUGUCUCAGUUUUCAAAAUUAGACUUCUUUUGGUGCAAUUUUGGGAAAGUUUCUGGUUAUGGCGGAGAAUUCAGCUUCUGAGCUUCAGCUCGGAGAGGAAUCAACUCCGGAGAGCUCAUCUGAUCAGCACCAGAUUCAUGAACAAAAGGAAAAGAAUGAAGAAACCUCCUUGGUGCAGCAGUCUAGACGGCCAAACCUCUCCUCAUUGCAAAUACCGGCAAGGACAUUGGAAACCAGUUUGUCUGCUUGUACGAGAAUUGAUAUUCCCUCCACAGCAAGUCCAAGUUCUAGUAGAGUUGGACUACCGCCUAGGCCACAUUCAGCUAAGAUCAAAUCAACCGUGAAAAAUCUGUUUCCUCAAAAAAGUUUUCGGGUGAAAAACUUGCCCCUGGAUGGCGAGAAGACGAUUCUCAUUAUGCCGGAUACAUCGCCCUCAGAUAGUCCGUUGGAAAAGCCUUCUACUUCACGGUCUUUCUCGCUCAAUAAGCUUUUCUUCUCUACAUCAACAAAAGGGACGCAUUCUUUACCAGUUACACCAAGUGCAAAUCUGGGUUCCGAGAUUGGGCAGGGAAGACAAGUGGAGAGUCAUUCUGAUUCUAGAAUUGAAGUUAAGCAUCAUAUGUCCCGCUCUUUCUCAGUUCCAGUAAAUAUUGCGACCAGAAGUUUAAGGCGGAUGGAUUCUGGAUGCAUGAUCCGUGUAAUUUCAGCAACUCCACGUCCUUCAGCAGUUGAGGGUGCCUCACCAAAUGCUGACCCAGCACUGGAAAUGGCCACUGAAGAUUCGGGUGAAGAUAUUCCUGAAGAAGAAGCAGUUUGCAGGAUUUGUUUGGUUGAGCUCGCAGAAGGUGGUGAUUCUCUUAAAAUGGAGUGCAGCUGCAAAGGAGAGCUAGCACUUGCUCACAAAGAUUGUGCAGUAAAGUGGUUUAGCAUUAAGGGGAACAAAACCUGUGACGUCUGCAAGCAGGAUGUCCUAAACUUACCCGUAACACUGCUUAAAAUACACAAUCCUCAAACUGUUAUCAGACGACCACCAACAAUAAUGGAGCAGAGGGAAGUCCAUCAUUACAGGGUCUGGCAGGACAUACCGGUUCUUGUCCUGGUCAGCAUGCUUGCGUAUUUCUGCUUUCUGGAGCAACUUCUGGUAUCUGACUUGGGCCCUCGUGCUCUUGCCGUUUCCUUACCCUUCUCUUGUGUUUUAGGUCUCCUUUCAUCUAUGAUUGCUUCCACAAUGGUGAGCAGGAGCUACUUAUGGGCUUAUGCCUCCUUCCAGUUUGCCAUUGUGAUCCUGUUUGCUCACAUAUUUUAUACUGUACUUAAUGUAAAUCCAAUUCUCUCAGUCCUCCUUUCCUCAUUCACUGGCUUCGGGAUUGCAAUCAGCACGAAUUCCCUUCUGGUUGAGUAUCGUAGAUGGAAAAUCAGCAGACAACUGCAAUCAUCCUAUCAACAUGCUAGCAGUGCACUGCAUCUGCAUGAACUACAACUGCAGCAGCACCGGCAACAGCAAGAAGAGCAAUAUCAACACCAAUCCCAGCAACAACGACGGCAACAGUUGAUGGAAGAUUCAUAUAAUCAGUACCAGCAAGUACAGCGACAGCUUCAGCAGCAAGAAGAAGAACAUCAUCGACACCAACAGGAGCACCAGCACCAGCGGUUGGAUGGAGAUCCAAAUGCUGAUGGUUCUAGGCCGCUAGAAGUUAGACAGGGCACAUAGUCCAUAAAGAUUGAGCAAUUUGGUUUCUUUGAUAGGUGCUCAUUUUAACUCCGUGCAGCUUUAAAGGUUACACGAUCAGGAAUCAGAUACGCAAGAGUAACCUGAGGCGUUUUCUACCUCAGAUUCUUAGCCAAGGCUGACCGGAUGGUAUGUUGUAUUCACCAGCCAUGUGCUCGACUCAUUUACGGACAUUAUUGUAAGCGAAAACGUCUCAGGCAUGAUGAGGUACUCCCUGCCAAGUGAAAUACCCCCCUUGAUUGGCCGUUUAGUCUUGACAGUUACAACGAGCAAUUUCAGAAUUUCAAUUUUUGUAUUGAGCCGUAGUUUUUCUCAGUUUUUUUUUUCUUCUGAUUAUUUGUUAGUGUUCGUGUAUUUCUUGUACUUUACAAGGUUCUUCUCAUCUUGUCUCUAACCCUUUAGCCUUAAGGGAAGGAAGCUUUCUUGUAAGAAUUUUGCAGAGGCUGUGCCUCGCGCGUUCUAGUGUUACACUUUCGGGUUGUUUCCCUUUAGUCCUCCAAA